AUGAGCGAUGUGAAGGCGAAGAGGCAACGGGUUUUAAACCAUCUACAACAUAAUAUUUAUAAAAAUGCAAGCUUGUACAAUACUGAAUUUUAUGAGCAGUUUGAUAAAUUCCUUUUUAAUUAUAGCAUGCUUUUAUUAAACCCGUCGAAAAAAAAUGAAUUAUUAUGCAGCCAAUUAAGCUUUUUAUGUCAUACAAGCCACUUUUUUAGCAAAAAAAAAAAUGAAAAAAAUCUGAAAAAAGUAGAUGCAGAAAAUGGUGUAAUCAAUCAAAAUAGAAUCUGCAAUGAAAAUGAAGAAAAAGGUUCAAACGAACCCAAAUUAGCAGAAACUGAUAUUGGGAAUUAUUCCGAUAUAAGCAUAGACUUUGGAAGUAGUAGUAGCAGUAGUGGUAGUAUUGAGGAUAAUGAUGACGAUAAAUUAGAAAGCAAAGAAAAUUAUAAUAAUGAUGCAGAUGUGAAUACCGAUUCUUCUGUUAGAUGUAACCCUUUACAGAAUCAAAAUAAUAUCAACUUAUCAAAUGAAGAAAAAAAUAGUGACAUAAAUGAUGAGGAAAUAGUUUUUCAAACAAAUAUAAUAGAAGAAAAAAAAAAAGAAAUAUUAAGCAAACUAAAUGAACAAACACAAGAAGCUAUUACAUUAGUAACCCAACGUGAAGAACAUAAUCAGAACCCAUUAUUAUUAUAUAACGAAAUAAAUGAAUAUAUAAACUUUUUAAUGAUUAAAAAUAAAGAAGAUAUAAAUUAUGUUGAAGAGUUAUAUUUUUUAUGUUGUCAAUUAGUUAUUCAUUAUAAAAAUAAUCUAUAUCCAAGUAUAUUACUAAGUAUUGUAAAAACAUUUAAACAGAUAAAGAGAUAUAUAUGUUAUGUAAAAUAUAUACAAAUAUUAAUAUAUAUGAGUGAUAUUCCUAUUCAUAGAAUCAAAGCAUAUAUAUAUAAAUGUGUUAGUAAUAUGGUUUUAUAUAUAAAUAAGAAGACGAGAGAUGAAAAAUUAAAAAAUUCAGUUUUAGAUGUAUUACAUGAAGCUUUUGCUGAAAAUAGUCAAAGAAAAAUGAUUAAAAAAAAAUAUGCAUCUAAUAUAAAUAGUUUUACAUAUUUUAAAAAUAUAAAAGUAAAUGAAUCUAUGAAUAAUUUUGCAUGUAGUAUACUUAUUGAUAUGAUAAAAAAAAAUGUUUAUACUCAAAAAAAAAAAAAUAUAAAUAUAAUAUCUGAAGGAAUAUUUUAUAAAAAUCUAAAAAUUGUAAAAUGUGUUGCAUAUGCUUUGUUAGGAAAAUAUGAUAUAAAAGAAUUUUCAAUAAAAAUAAAUAAAGAGAUUGAAAAUAAAAAUAAAAAUAUCGAUGAAUUAAAAUCUAUAAGUAAUCAGACACAUCAAAAAAUGACAAAAGCAAAAAUAAAAAAAUUACAUUUAAAAAAAGGAAAAAUUAUGGAUGAACUUAAUAAUAAUAAAAAUUCAUCUGAUGAAGAAAAAGAUAUAUAUGCAUCUAAUUAUGUUAAUUAUUUAUUUAUAGAUUCAUUAUUUGAUCCUUAUUCAUUUGCAUCUAAAAUAUUUAAUAUUAUAUAUACAAAAUAUAGAUCAAAUAAUAAUAAUACUAUUAAAAUUUUACUUUUAAAUAUUUUAUGCCGAAUUUAUCAACGAUAUAAAAUCAUUGAAGAAAACUUUUUUUUAUAUUUCGAGAAUACAAUAUAUCAUUUAAAAAAUAAAAAUACUUUGUCAAAAUAUUUAUCAAUCUUUAUUCAAUCAUUACAUGAUGAUAUACCAAUACAAUAUGUACAAAGAAUUGUCUACGUUUUAAUUAAAAAAUUUUUACUUUUAAAUUUAUCUGAAGAAUUUGUUUAUCUAAUUAUUAAUUCAAUAAUCGAAAUUAUUAUUAAAUGCCCUAACUGUUUAAAUGAGGAAAUAUUUGAAUCUGUCAUAAUAUUUAAAGAUUACAAAAAUAAAAAUAUUUCCAUCCUCAUUCGACGAUUUAUUAAUGUUGCAAAAAAUACAAACCCUCAUGUUAUGUCUAAAAAACUAUGGGACAAAAAAACAGCCAUGCUAGUUCAACGUGAAAAAAUUCUCUCAGAUUUACCUGCAGCUCGACACGAUCAAUCCAUAUUGCAAUACUCCUACUUGCUCGAACAAGCCUCAAGGGGCAAGCGGGCUCGUGAGGAGGUAGAUGCAGAAGAGGAAGAAGAUGUAGAGGAAGAUGUAGAAGAGGAAGUAGGUGAAGAAGAUGGAGAAAAUGAAGAAGAUGUAGAAGAGGAAGCAGAUGCAGAGGAAGAUGCAGAAGAGGACGAAGACGAGAUAGAUGCAGAGGAGGAGGAAGAGGAAGGAGAUGUAGAGGGAGAAGUGGACAAAGAGGAAGGAGAUGUAGAGGGAGAAGCGGACAAAGAGGAAGGAGAUGUAGAGGGAGAAGCGGACAAAGAGGAAGGAGAUGUAGAGAUAAGGGCGGACCGGAAGAAAGCGAGAAGGGAGAAAAAGAUAAAAAGUGAACUGAAGAUACAAAGAAAAAAUGAGGAAAUAUUAAGUGAAAGAAUAUUAACAGAUGAAGAUUUUAAAAAAUUAAAAAAAAUGAAAGAAUAUAUUGAAAAUAAUAAAAAUGUUGUUUUGUCUGAAUUAGCAGAAAUAUGUAAUGACGAAUAUGAAGAAGAUACAGAUAGUGACAGUGAUAGUGAAAAGGAAAAAAUAAUAACAGAGGAUCAAUUAUUAUAUAAAAAAAAAUUAAAAAAAAAAGAAAUAAUUAAGAUUAAAAAUCAAAAUAGUGGAGAAACCCGAUUUAAAACCAAUAAAGAAAAGGAAAAAAAAAAAUCAGUUAUGAUGCUUAUGCAAAAAUUAAAAAAAAAAAAAAAUGCAGUUAUACAAUAUGGUAAACUUAAAAAAAAAUUAAAAGGAAAGUUAGCUGCUCGAGCUAAAAAACGCCAAAUCAUAAACAAAAGAAUUGCUAAAAAAUUAAGUCGACGUAAAAGAUGA